AUCCGAUUUCAGUUAUUCUUCAGCUUUUGCGCUGAAUGUACGCGGCGUCGUUGGUUUAGUUUUGAAACGCAAUAUAUUUUGUGGUUGAAAAUAUCCUUAAUAAAAUUGACUAACUAAUUUGGAAGAAUAUAAAAAAAAAAAAAUAAAAUACAAAAUAAGCAAUAAUAAUUUUUAAGUGUGUUAAUGCACUUAAUUAGUUAGUUGUUUAAGGAAUACAUAGGCGAUGAAGAGUAUGAAGGCAAUAAUACUCGCUUAUUAUCAAUGGUUCUUGGGCUUCGUGCUGCUCUUAGUCAUCAUAAGUGAAGUGCGACGCACGUGGCGAGCGCGAAAAUACCCGCCCGGCCCCUGGGGUCUACCCAUACUUGGCUAUUUGCCCUUCCUCGAUAGGCGCGAGCCGCACAAGACACUGACAGAGCUAGCCAAAAGCUAUGGACCAAUCUAUUCGCUGCGGCUGGGCAAUGUGAAUGCGGUGGUGUUGGCCGAUGCGAAGUCGGUGCGUGAAUUUCUGAAAUGUGAAGAAUUGACCGCGCGUGCGCCACUCUAUGUAACGCACGGCAUAAUGGGCGGUUUCGGUCUGAUCUGCUCUGAAGGAGCGCUGUGGCGCAAUCAGCGUAAGCACGUCGUUGACUGGCUGAAAGACUUGGGUAUGACAAAAAAACAAUGCAAUGCGCGUAAAUCAAUGGAGCAGAGAAUAAAAAGUGGCGUCAUGGAAUGUCUGAAGUCCUUUUGCAGUGAUUCCAAGAAACCUUUGCCUUUCGAUCCACAUCCCGUGCUGCAGCAUACGUUGGGCAACGUCAUCAAUGACUUGGUAUUUGGUGUGAAAUACGCACCCGAUGACGUCACCUGGAAUUAUCUGCAGCAGUUGCAGGAGAAGGGACUCAAGUUGAUUGGCGUUUCGGGUGCGGUGAACUUUUUGCCUUGGCUGAGAUUUUUGCCCUGGAAUCUGAGCGCCAUUCGUUUCUUGCUCGACGGCAAAGCGCGUACACACGAAAUUUAUAACAAAAUCGUAGAGAAACGUGAAAAGUCUUGGGAAUAUCGAAAAUCUGUGACUGAGGAAAGUUUUAAUAUACUCGAUCAUUAUAUUGAUGAGCGCAUGCGACGUGAACUAUCCGAUGAUCCGCAAGAGCGUCUAUCAACUGAUGAGUACUACACGCAAGAUCAAUUGCUGCAUCUGCUGGCUGAUUUGUUCGGUGCUGGGCUAGACACCACGCUUGCCACACUGCGCUGGUUUCUCUUCUACAUAAGCAAAUACCAAGAGCUGCAAGAGCAGCUGCGAGCGGAACUCUCGAAAAUACCUGACAGCGAGUUUGAUUUGGAUCACCUGGAAAAGUGUGACUUAUUACGGGCAUACAUAUCUGAGGUGCAACGCAUACGAUCUGUUGUGCCUUUGGGAAUACCGCAUGGUGCCGUAAAAGAUUUUAAUCUGGAGGGAUAUUUGAUACCGAAAAAUUGUAUGAUCAUCCCUCUACAAUGGGCCGCACAUAUGAGUCGGUUGAAAUGGAUUGAACCCGAACUCUAUUGGCCCGAGAGAUUUUUGGAUGACGAUGGUCAUUAUCAACAGCCACCGGACUUCAUACCAUUCCAAACAGGUAAGCGCAUUUGCCCCGGCGAGGAUUUGGCACGCAUGAUGCUCUACCUCUUUGCUGCGCACAUAAUACGCAACUUCCACAUACGACUGAAGCUCGAAUAUGAAGAUAAUAGCUAUCGCGGUGAGACUGGCAUGACAUUGGUGCCAUUCUACUACGAAAUAACUGCAAAGCCUGUGCGAAAACCGAAGACGUUUCUAGCCAGCGACGACGUUAGAAUGUACAAAGAUGUCACAGUGAAGAAGGAUAUCAAAUCAAAAACAAUUUAAAUAAGAUUUUUAAUUUUUCUUUAAUGUAGUCUCUAUGUAAAUUCUUUUCAUAAUAUUGAUGUAUGAGUUAUUUUAUUUUUUUUGUGUGUGUUUUUUUUUUAACUUAUAUAAAUACAUAGUACAUAAAAGUUAGAUUUUUUCUACAAAACAUUAUAAAAAUCAUGCCUAUGUAGGUAAAAUGGUAUCUACAAAUGAUUAAAUGAGUAAAAAUGUAACAAAAACAAGAUAUUUACUAACUGAUAGACAUACAAGUUAAUAAAAAUAUGAAUACAUUGAAAUCUUGCAUCUAUAACUUUACACACUUCCAAUGAAAUUUCAUUGUGGGUAGAAUAUGUACAUCCCUUUAGGAAAUGCGAGCAUUGGAAUGCAUAUGGAAAUAUUUCAGAGAACACCUUUUGGAAUGUAUGCAGAGUUUCCACGAGUAGCGUUAAGGAAUGUUUUUUACUAUAUUUUCAAACGAAAACUUUACUCACGACUUCUGCUAAAAGCGAGAAGGAAGCGGCGUAAAUUUUUCAACUGCUUCGGUGUUCGCGCGAGGAGUGAUAAGGAAUGUUACCGUUUCAUAUCCAAGUAGAAGUAGUCUUAAUUUUCCUAGUGGGAUGUACAUAUUUAAAAACUUAGUUAGGCGCAUAAAUAUCUGCAUUAAUUCUGAAAUGAGUAUUUUGUAAACUUCGUUGUAUGUAGCUAAUUACAAAUUGGCUCGUGAA